GAAGUGUCGGCUACAUCGGGUCGGUCGGUUUUCCUCGCAUAUAACCGCGGCGUUCCAGCGGCGCUCUCUCACCCUCUUUCGCGGUUAAUCGAAGAUCGGGCUGUUGACUUUCGCAGGAAUUUACAUUUUCUGCUCCGAAGGGAUAUACCGGAAGACUUAAGCGGAGAGGAGAAAUUCGCUUCUUUUAUUUCAAGAAUGACGAUGCCCCUGUCUUUGUGCCCUUUAAGCAUCAAACAGAACGAAGCAGCUGAAGAAUUUCCAGUAGUGCUUUUAUCGGCCGCAGAGGAAAUUUGAAGAUCUUUAACGCGAUAUUUUCACUGGAAGCUGCAAAAAUAUCAGUUUCUUUAGCCGCGACAUUGUUUCUCUCUCAACGAAUUAGCUUCGCUUCGGAGAUUGUUUGCUGAAAAAAUGCAUCGGCGAACGUUCCAUCCGAUCGAGAGACCAGUUCGAUGAAAAAAAUACAACUCUCGUUAGCUUCGAUCCGUCCAAUAAAAAGUCUCGAGUGAGAUAUUAUCGCGUAUUUUCUCUUCCCUUCAGUAUGAUUAAAAACCCCGGUGCGUUCCAACUUCUUCGAUACAUUAAGCACGCCAUCGAAAACGAGAUUGUCUUUGUGUGAGCGAUAAGAAAAAAAGAAGGACAGAGAGUAAACUUGCCUCUAACUUCAGCAAACGCGAAGAAAGACGCGGGUGGAAAUAAAAAUUCGUUUACGCACGAAUAUAUAUACCACUUUGGGAAGUUUUGACGGAGAUUUUGUUUUUCCUAACCGGAACUUUCAACGAUUAAAAUGUUAAUCCAUCGCGAAAGAGUGCGAAAUUACCCCGCGACAGAGUGCAUAAAUAAGUAGUUCGCUAAUGGUUCCGAUUAGACGUUCAAUGACGUAAAUUUACAACGAUCCCUCUUUUACGCGUGGAAAACCUCUAUUCGUUCAGUGAAGCGACGAGACAAGGAAGGUGGAUUUGCAGAUCGUUAACGUUUUGCAAUUCGACGAACGAAGCGGAUGAUAAUUAAGUUCAAGGGACAACAAUAAUGUCUCUAAUGAGGAUACAUUGAUCUUUUCAUCAUCGAGUCGACGGAGCAUCGACACUUCUGCGAUAUAACUCUAAUCGAAUAUCCAACUAAGUGUGUAACUAAAGAGAUCUAUGUACAGAGCAAUUACAAUUUCUCCAACUCUUUUGGAUCUCUAACGUAAAGGCAGAUUUGUAAUCAAUCUGUAUAAUUCGCAAUCAUCCUUAGAUCAAUUGCGUCGAAUUACAAGAAUUGCGCGAGGACCAAUCUAUUUUUUUCCGGAUCACUUCAAUAUAAAGGGACACUUUAAAAGGAUCAUGGAAAAUGUAGUGUAUCUCAUCGCACACGGAAUUAUUCAUCAAGAAGGUUUAAUUAAAUACAGUAUAUAGUCCUCCUUUGUUGAUACCUAAAAAUUAUUAUUGAGAACAAAGGUCAGGACCACGACGUUUAUUUGAAGCAAAGCUUCAGACAGGAAGCUAAUCGGAAGAUAACAGCUAGAGUUUGAUCAGCCCCUCCACUUUUUAUCCAAAUUAUCUCCGAUACAUUGACUCCGGCAAGAUCCAACAAAGUCAUCGAACUCUUUAUCUCGAGAAAGAUUGAUGCAUCCAGGAGGUGAAUCGACUUCGGAGAGCCGCGAGAUGGACCAGCUCGCGUACGUCCGCACUUCCGGUGGCGGUUAGGGAAGACGAUUAAGGGAGGAGAGUAGACAGAAAAGGAAGGCGGUAUGAGAGACGUCGGAGCCGGAGCGAACGAGUGAUCGGAGGUGAAGGACGCCCCCGAAGACGUCGGUCAGGAUCGCGUCAAGAUGACGUCACCGAUCCUGACGCUGCUCGGCUUGAUCCUGGCGACCGCCGGCGCCGAGCUGAGCUCGAGGAUUGUCAGGACUAAGUACGGCGAACUGUCGGGCGUGAUCGUUACCCUCGAUCGAUACCUCGAGGGUGUCGAGGUGUUUCGCGGCGUCCCUUACGCCUCGCCGCCGAUCGGCUCCCUACGCUUCAUGCCGCCCGUCAGCGGCGCCCUUUGGCACGGCGUGAAGGUCGCCGAUAAGUUCGGACCCGUCUGUCCCCAGAAGCUGCCCGAGAUCAACGACAAGAUGCCCAAGGGCAGAGCGGAGUAUCUCAAGAGACUGCUGCCCUACCUCAAGAACCAAAGCGAGGACUGCCUGUACCUUAACAUUUAUACGCCGGUUCAAGCCGGCGCGAGGGACGGCGGCGGCAGAAGAUAUCCCGUGAUUGUGUUCGUGCACGGCGAGAGCUACGAAUGGAGCAGCGGAAAUCCUUACGACGGCAGCGUCCUGGCGAGCUACGGAGGCGUCGUCGUCGUCACCAUCAACUAUAGACUCGGUAUCUUGGGCUUUCUAAACGCCAACACAGACUCGCACUUACGCUCGCCGGCGAAUUACGGCCUGAUGGACCAGAUCGCGGCGUUACACUGGGUACAGGAGAACAUCGCUUAUUGGGGUGAUCCCAAAAACGUCACGCUGGUGGGACACGGAACCGGCGCCGCCUGCGUUAACUUCCUGAUGACCAGCCACGCGGUACCGGAUGGUCUGCUGUUCCAUCGUGGCGUCCUGAUGUCAGGCAGCGCACUUUCACCCUGGGCGUUAGUGAGAGGCGCCGCCAAUUACGCCAUGCAGGUCGCCAAACACCUAAAUUGUUCGUCGGCAACGGGAGAUCCUCAGAACCUGCUGAGAUGCCUGAGGGACGUGUCCUUGAGCGAAUUGGUGUCGGUGCCUGUUAAAGGGCUCGAGUUCGCGCCAGCUUUCGGACCCAGCAUAGACGGGGUCGUAAUCGAUCCCGGGGAUCCCGAGGAUCAGGACUACACCCUGCAAGUCGACACGAUCAAUACGCUCAACAAUAUCCUACUGAGGAAGGACGUCGUGGCAAAACUGUCGAGGUACGAUCUAAUGGUGGGAGUCGUUCGUUCGGAGGCGUAUUCUUUAACCGCCGACGACGCUCAAUACGGGAUCGAGGCCGACAGAAGGACGAGGAUCCUGCGGGAGUUCGUGCGAAACACGUACACGUAUCAUCAGCCGGAGAUUUUGGCGACCAUCAUAAACGAAUACACGGAUUGGGAGCGACCUGUCCAGCAUCCCGUCAAUAUCAGAGAUGAGACCCUCGAGGCUCUGGGGGACGCGAAUACCGUCGCUCCGGCGACGAGAACCGCGGAUCUUCACAGCCAAUCCCAUAGGAAUUCCUAUCUAUAUGUCUUCGACUAUCAAACGAAAUUUGGAGACUAUCCUCAGAGGCCGGGAUGCAUUCACGGGGAGGAGCUGCCGUAUUUUUUCGGGUCACCUUUAGUGGGAGGCCUGUCCCACUGGCCAAAGAAUUACACCAGAGCCGAGAUAGCUCUCUCCGAGAGCGUCAUACUUUAUCUGACAAACUUCGCACGCACCGGAAAUCCGAACGAGGGCACUCCCGAUCUUGGACCCCUCGGCUCCAGACCGGAAAGGACCAAGGUCAAGAAUAUCGAUUGGAUUGCCUACGAGGCCGUCCAUAAGAAAUAUCUUAGCAUAGAACUCAAGUCGAAGUUGAAGAACCACUACAGGGCCCAUCGUCUCUCCUUUUGGCUAAAUUUGGUUCCUGACCUUCACAAACCUGGCACGGACGACGUUCCUAGGUCACAUCAUCUGCUUGACGCCGAACAGGUGCCACCCAGAGUCAUCCAGAGACUGCCAACAACCGCGAGAACGACCACGUUGGAAGUGACCUCCAUGGAGAAAUCCUCGUCUAAUGUGUCGACGGCCACGCCCAGCGACAUGACCUUCGAGGACACGACGGCGCAGCCCGAGGACGGUUUCGCGGCUUAUUCCACAGCCCUGAGCGUGACGAUCGCGAUCGGUUGCAGCCUGCUGAUCUUGAACGUCCUCAUCUUCGCCGGGGUGUACUACCAGCGGGAUAAGAGCAACCACCAGCAUCAGGGCUGCUCGAAGAAGCGCCAAGAGAACGGUCAAAUGCCGAACAACAUCUGCGGCGAGCUGGAGACCAAGACUGCCGAACGCCAUCACAUCCAGCACAUACCGCCGCCAGAGUUCGCUGACCUCCAGAACAAUACUUGCCACGUGCCUAUGCCGCCUCCGCCACCCAAGAACACGAAGCCCGGCAAACCCGGUCAGAACCUCAUCAUCAGUCCCAAUCAGCUUCAGCAGGAGAGCUUGGCCAUGAGCGGCACCGGGACCUUAAAGAAGGGACACAAUCAUCCCCAGGUCAUGGAAGAGCUGAGGGUCUGACUUUAGGAGUCGGCGCGGCCGAUGAAUUAAUAUUGGCCGCGAGUAGAUUAGAAAUCUUCCGAAAUCACCGAUCGUCGAAGCAUCGCUAUAUUUCGAAGAAGGAAGUUCUCAUUGUCCUCGAUGGCGGAACAUGAUCGUUUUUCGGAUCACGAAGAAGCACGAGAACCGAGGGGCUCUAAUGCAUGGAUACCCAAACUUUUAGGUUAGACUUCUGAAACCGUCGGGAGUUGGGAAAUCACUUUUCAAAGUUGUCCGGUGUUGUUUUCGUCAUCGGUCUAGUUGCGAAUCCCGAGGAGAAGAUGCAACGGAGGAGAUUAAGAUGUUGUGACACUCGACGGCGAACGGGGACGACUCUUUAAAAAGUUUUUCUCGAAACGAUCGUGACUUCGUCGAUAGAUAGGAAGUGAUGAAGAGGAGAAAUAAAAGUUAAAUGAGAAGAGGAUCUUUAUUGUUACGCGAGACGGUGCGUGUUAGUGUGCGAUGGCGUAGCUGAGAUUUUGCGCCCGGAAGUCAAAUUCAUCGCUAAAUAGGCUUUUGUACAAAGCCUAUAGGAAAAGACAUUUCGGGAUCCGAGAAGAUCCAGAAACUUCCGCUCGCUAUCGCCCAUCCUCUGUGUUAGAGGCGACGCUAUACUGUUAUCGUUUUCUACCUUUCGAAUUUGUGCGACUAACUGCCGAAAAUCACCUAAUCUUUGACGAAAUAUCUGCGUUAAAUAUAACUCUUCACCUUUGAGAAAAGAGAAUUUUGGAGUAAACUUUCCGAGAAUGAUUCCAAGAAUUUUUCAUGUACCCAGUCAGUAUUAAUUUUUACUAAUAUAACGCGUGAGCUAGUAUUAUUACAUUUUGUUACACAUUUUUAUAAAUUAACUAAUAAUUUAUAUUAA